AUGGGCUGUUCGAAUGCUCGUUUAUUAGUUCAACAAUCACCAUUAGAUGAAAAUCCUCAUGUCAUUUCAUCAAAAUCAAAAAAUUCAGCAGCAAAAACUGCUCGCCUUGUUCAAUCGUCACCAUUUUAUGUCGAUGAUAAUUUACAAAAUCGCGUACAUUUAAACGGUGUAGAUUUAGUUGUCGAAAGAAAUGGAUCGUAUACUCUGUUAUUAACACCUAAAACUCAUAAACAGUUAAUGCCGUAUGUUAUGAGGAAAAAACGAUUCAGAAUUCUUGUUGACAAGACGUCUUCCUCGACAAUAGAUCCUUGUUUAUCAUCAACACAAACACUCACACAACAACAAGCAAAUGUCCAAUCGGAAGACAGUAUAAUUAGUUCAACUAUGGAAAGUUCAAAAGAAUUAAAAAUUAAACAAAAACAUAAUAAACGUAAACAAUUCGAUAAAAAUGUUGAAUUUAUUGAACAACAAGCAAAUAACGAAUUAGAGAAAUCGAAACGACAACUAGAUCAACAAAUAUUAGGCGGUACAUCCAUUGAUGAUAAUUUGGCCGAUGAUGAUGAUUAUCUACAAUCCGAUGAUGAAGGUAUGAUGGAAGAAAUAAUAACAACCGUUGAAGAAGAUAAAGAUUUAGAAUGUAAAGUAAAAAAGAAAAUCGAAACAAAAAAGACAAUAGCCGAAGAUCCGGAGACGCAUAAUAAAGUAACAAAGGUUGUUAAAACCGAAGUAACAGAAAUAACGCGUACCAUAACGAUCAAUGAUCAACAUGAUUUGGAACGCGCAAAAAGAGAAUUAGGUAUUGAUGAUGUGACCAGGUUCUUACCGCCAAACAGUUCAGGAACAUCAAUGCAACAAAAUAUUUACAAUUUACCAUCAUCACGACAUAUUUUACCGUCCUAUUUAACAGCGAUGACAAACACUACCGGUACAACAUGGUCUGAUCGUCCAACAAUUACCGAAAUACAAGAAGUAAGAUAUGACCCUAAUAAUGAAGUCGUAACUUCGGGAGACUUUGGAGAUGAACGAAAAGAAAAGGCACUGUUACCAACGCAUGGUGUUCGACAGUUGAUUGAACAAGGAGAUCAAUUAGCCGGUGGUAUCCAAGACAUUCAAAAGCAACAAAAACCAAUCGUAAACAAUGACGCAGCAUUAGCAGGAAGAGGAAUCGACGCUACAAUCAGUAUUAAACCUAGUAUAUACAGUUCAACUAGUCAAAAAUCCGAUAUUGAACCGAUUACAACGGUUACCCCAAUAGUCAAAUCUACGCCUGAACCAAUAAUCGUUAAAAAGAAGACAAAACGUAGUGGUGGUUUAUGUUCGUGUACAAGUCCACGUGAAACAACAAGUGAUGAUGAACGUAAACAAGAACAAACAAAAAUUGUUGAAAAAAAAUCAAAAUUAAAAAAGAAAACAUUGGUUUCACCCGUUGGUACAAUUACAGCUACGGCGGAUCAAGUUAAAAGUAAUCAACAAAUAACAACUGCUCCAAUAUCACUCGAGCUACCGAAAUCUGUUAUCGAUCUACAAACCACCGGAAAACAACUAAUCACUGAUCCAGUCAAACAGUUGAUUAUAAAUAAAAAGCAACCAUUAAUCGAUUAUUUUCAUUCACAAGUAUUUUCCAAAGCAAAUUUAUUAACAUCAAAAAGCAACAAUGUUCUUGGACAAAAAAUAUCUUCACGUAUUCUAGAUCUACUAAGAUAUAAUCGAUGUUCAUCGUGGGAAAAUGUUCAAGGUCAAGUUCGUGAAGAAUAUGGUGAUCAAAUACCAUCAUCGCUAUUUAUUCAACCAAUGUGCGAAACGUACGAAACAAUAUUUACAACAAAAGAGCCACAAUUAUUGAAAUUAUUCGAAAAUGAGACAACACCAUCGAAUGAUAAUGUGAAUUUAGAAUUCGUGGAAAUUGUAAAGCAAAGCGUGGCUAAUAAAGAUAAAAAACCAAAUAUAGGUUAUGUAGCAACGCAAUUUGUUAAUAAUGUUCAAGAUAGUUUAGAUCGAUUAACAUACACUACAACACCGCCACAAUAUCAAAAUGGAAAUAACAAAGAACAAGUUACAAUGCGAUUUAAAAACAAUAUGAAAGUUUUAGAAGAGAAAACAACAACAACAACGACAAAAACAAAAACAAGUUUGGUUAUUGAGCGUCCAUUAGCGACAAAGGAUUCUGGUAUAACAACAUCUUUUUCUGCUGAAUCUGGUGAAUUUCAUAGUGGUGGUGAUCGAAGUUUAUCAUCGGGCACAAUGAUUGACGUUCACUCUCCACAACUAGAACAAGAACCUGUACUAACAUCAUCAGCAAUCGUGAAUGAUGAUCAAUUAAAUAAAAUAACAAAUAAAAUAUUAUCACAAACAGAUAACAAGCCCAAUACAUUAGCUGAAGCUAUUGCCUAUGAUUAUUUAGAUUUAACUGAUAUUGAUGUUGUUAAUUCACUCGGUUUACCAUUAGAAGUUGCUGCUAAAAUGAAAAAAGUGUUUUUACCCAUUGAUCCACCGAAUUAUGGUGAUGAUUAUAAAAGUAAUUUAGUUCAAGUAAGACGUUUUGGUGAACCAAUAGCGGAAUUAGAUUUUGCUGAUUCAAAUGCUUUGGAAAAAAUUAAUUUACCAGAGGAUGUAGCUGUUCAUUUACGAUAUGCAUUUGAACAACCAUUAGAUUUAAGAGAAAAACAAUUAAAACAAUUAUCUUAUGCACUUCAGAAUACGAAUGAUUUAGAAUUUGCCAUAUCUCCAUCGCAUCUAUCUUUGUCGAAACAUUGGCAAGAACAACAAAAUGAUUUAUCAGCAUCAGACUCGGGCUAUUCUAUGACAACAACAAGUGCAAAUGAUUCUUCAAAACAACAAUUGCAACAGCCAUUACCCACUAUAAUUAAAAUUGAUUUUGAACCAAUUGCUGAACCCAAAACCAAAUUAAUACCAACACAAACUCAAGCUUCAACUGUCGUAGACGAUUUUGCUAACACAUUGAAUGAUAAAGAUGAUAGUGAAAAAAUUGAUUUGGAUAAAGCAACAAAUGAACAAUUAGACAAAUAUGAAUUAAAUCAGGAUUUAAUUCAAAAGAUAAAGCAAAAAGAUUAUGGAAAAGAUAAGACACUUGGCCAGCAAAUAUUAGAUCAAGAAGUAAAUUUGGAUAAUGGAGAUCAAUUAAAACAACUUGAUUUGGAUAAUCAUCAGGCAAAUAUAUUAAAACAAUUUUUUUUCCCUACAACACAAGCGAAACAAAUACCUAAAAAACGUAUCAUUUCCUAUUCACCAGAACCGGGUCGUUUUGUUGAAUUAACAACUCUUUACAAUCAAUCCAUUGAAAGUCGUGGAGAAGGUAUAGCCGAUACAAAAUUAAUUCAUAUUCAAGAAAAACAAUUAUCAUCUGAUUUACAUGCAAUGAAACGAAAUGCUGAAAACGAAGAAUUUUAUUAUUCUCCACCACAAGUAUCUGUCCCACAACAAUGGCCAAAACCGCAACCUACUGAAGUGGCAUCACAUGAUGAAAAUAAACCGCCACCCAUUGAUAUUAAACAAACAGAACCAGUCACUUCAUCGACAGUUAUCCCCAAACCAGUUGAGACCAAAAAACGUAAAUCAUCUGGUACUGGUGGUAUAUUUGCAUGUUUUAGUGGUAAAAAGUCAAAAUCAGAUGCUAUACGUGCUGCUAGUAGUGGACAAGCUCCAAUUACAAAACUAGAAACACCUCUAGCAACCCAAUCAUCAACGUCACCUGUUCUUGUUCAACAAACAAGUCGCACCACUGUUUCAACUAAACCGCCUGCUAUUGACUAUGGUUUAAAAGAUGGUAAACGAAUUUACAUUGAUGAAUAUCGUGAACGUCCAGGUCUGGAUAUGUCCUACCGCCCUCCUAAUUUCGAAACAAAUUUUAUUAUACUAAAACCUGUUACGAAAUCAUCGGAAUAUGAAGAGCAAUUUCAUGCAUUAUCCAAUGAUAAUCAUGAUGAUGGUAAUAAACUAAAUUCUUAUACAACACCAACGAUUGAACAAAUACAAGUACCACCUGUAAUCGAUAAUCAACAAGCAUCCCCAUCACUACUUCCUAAAAAGUCGUCCGUAGAAUCCUCUUCAUCAUUGCAUUUAGAACCGCGUCCACCCACAUUUGAAAUUGAAAAACCUAGUACAAUAACAAAAUCGAUUGAACAACAAAUUCUCAUUACAACAUCACCAUCUCAAAACACUACUGUCAGUAGUUUACGCGGUGCUGCCGUCCAGUUACCAUCAGUUGAGUUCGAAAAACCUGGACCUGUUGAAGCAAAUUUAAGUUUAAAUAAACAAAAAACAGGAAAAGUCAAAGUAUCAAAAACAAAGAAAGAAUCAUCAUCGACUGGUGGUCUAUGUGCAUCAUGUUUUGGUACAAAAGCAUCUAAAAAACAAAAACAAGAAGGUAUCGAACCUAAAGAAAAAGUAACAGAAACCAAAAAAACGUCAGAUGAGUUAGUCACUCGUAAAGAUGAUAAUACUGGAAAUAAACAACAAACAGUGUCAACAUUUAACAUACCUAAAGUCGAUUUGAAAGGUCCGACAAUUGAUAUUAAACAGCCAACGUUACCAAAUAUAGAAAUUAAUCAAUCAGUAACGUCACCGCCACCUCCAAUUGAUAUUGAAACAAAGAAGAGAGACAUACCAGCCUUCGAAUCAAAGGAUUCAAAUUUUGAUCUUGAUUUAAAUGUAAAAAAUAACAUAACCGGGGAACCAUUGGAUAAAAUUCAUGAUAAACCCACAACUUCAGUCAUACCCGAAUUUUCCUUCAGUGGAUCGGAUUUAAAUUUAGAUCUGCAUAAAACCAAACAUUCUGUAUCAUCAUUUGAAGUUCCUGAUUUGAAUAUUCAUGCUGACAGUACUAAACAAAUGUCGUCACCCGCAACAAAGUUUGAUAUACCCGAUGCACCCCUUGAAUCAGAAAUAAUUCAUAAUCAUGAUUUACAAGUUGGCGAAAUUCCAAAUAUUAAGUUACAUGAACAAAAUCAACCAACGGUUGGAUUAAUAACAGAUGAUAUUAAUUUGAAUCAACAAAUACCAGAUUAUACAAUACCCGAUUUAAAAUCUUUACCUAAAGUUGAUAUUGAAGAUGGAGCAUACGAUAUACCACAUGUUGAAGUUGAUAAAACAUUAAUAUCAUUACCAGUGGGUGAAUUACCAAAAUUACAUAUAAAAGACUCAGAUCUCGACUUACAUAUGAAACAAAAAAAAAUAGAAGUUGACGCAGAUAAUAUGAAAUCUGAGGGUGCAAGUGGUGAUUUUGUUGUAGAAACUCCAACAGUAGAAUUACCCAAAGUUGACUUAAAAGGGCCGUCGCUGGAUUUGAAUAUAUCAGGUGAUUCUCAAAAACCAAUAAUAUCAACAAUAAAUAUUGAAAGUCAAAUGCCGAAAGUAGAUGUUCGGGAUAGUAGCAAAGGUUCUUAUACAUUACCUAAAACUGUUGUUGAAACAAAGAGCAAGAAGAAGAAAGAAAAAAAAGUGAAGAAAGAAAAGAAAGAAGGUAACGAUAAUAGCGGUGGUGGAUUAUUUGGUGUCUUUAAAGGUAAAAAGUUGUCAAAAUUAACUGCACCCCAUGGAAAUUUACCAUCUGUAGAAGAUUCAAUACGUGUUCCACCACAACAGGUUAUUUUAACCGAGCCAUUGAAAGCACCAUCAACCGAUUUACCAAAAGUUUCAAAUGUAGACUUUCCCACGUAUGAUCGUCCAGAAGUACUGAUAAAUUCGAAGAAAAAUGACUUUCAAAUUCCAGCUGUUUCAUUACCACCUCUCGAAGGCGUUGUAUUUCCAUCACAAAAUACACCAGAUGCAUUUCAUUUUAAUCGCAAUUCCGACCAGGCAUUACGGGCUCCCUUUGUACAAUUACCAGAAGUUGAAUUUACAUCGAAUAUUCCUGAACGACAACAAAAAGAAGUAAACUUCACCAAACCCAGCAUGCCCAUUGUUGAAAUGGGCUUGCCACUAGCUACUCCAAUUAUUGAUAUGACUAAACAACAAUUACCAGAGAAAGUACUAGACAAUGAAAUACCAACAACAUUAGGAAAGUUUUCCGUUAACAGUCCAGAUUUCACUUCGGACGUGAAUAAAAAGGCAACAUUGAUCCAUCCAGAAUUAUCGUUGGCCGGAACAAACUAUGAUAGUCCAUCAUCGUUACCAGCAUUUGGAUUGGAUCAUAAAACUGAGCAAAUAGAAGCACUGAAAUCAUUGGAUACAAGUUUUGAAAAAUCAACAAUUUCAUCCAUUACUAGUCCUGCAUGGAGUGCUGAUAUUAAACAUGAAGAAACAUCCUCAUCAUUUGAAGUUCCUGAUGUAAAUUUGAAUUUAAGCAAAACAUCACCUCCAUCAUUUGAAACAGAUAUAAAUCUAGAUAGUACAAUACCAAAACCGAAUUUAUCGUUCAAUUCUGAAAUAAUUCAUGAUAAAGAUUUACAAAUGGGUGAUGUACCUGAUAUCAAAUUAUACGAACAAAAGCAACCGACUAUUAGUGUAAAACAAACAGCCGCACCCGAUUUAUCAAAAGUUCCUUUGCCAACAUCCGGUGAUACCACUGAUGUACAAUUAGCAAUUUCAAAACCAGUCGUAACAAAGCCACAACUAAUCGAAUCAACAAUCCCUACACCAAAAAAGACAACAGGCGGUUUAUGUUCAUGUUUUGGCGAGAAAGCAGCUCAUAAAACGAUAACAAAUGCGACAGAAACAACAACAGCACUAAAAUCACCAAAGAAAAAAAUACAAGCUCCAGUUGCCAACUUACCACCAGUUGAUUUACCCGCAUUAGAAUCCACUGAAGUGAAAAAAGCUAAUGGAAAACCCUUAAAAGCACCCGCUGUCGAUUUGCCGCCUGUUGAUUUCAGUCUAUCACAAUCAACCGAAGCUGCAUUGAGGACAAGUCCAACAAAACGUCCAGCACCAAAAAAGAAAUUGCUUGAUGUAUCCAAACCAGAAACACCCAAAAUCUUGACAGAUAUCGUUGUACCAGACAUCGAUAUUGCUCAGAAGCCAACAACACCCGAGCAAAUCAUACCAAAAGAUGUCAACAUUACUCCUAUUGAAAAACCAGAAUUAUCACUAAGAGGUCCUAAUAUUUCAUUGGAACCACUCACAAAGCCUGUAUUACUAUCGAACAAUGAAGCAAAAUAUAGUUUGAAUAAUAGCCACAUUGUUUCCGAGGUACCUGAUAUAAAACUAAAAGAUAUUUCUUCAGUUCCUGUGAUGACGAACGUUGAUCACGAUAAUUCACAAUAUAUCAAUGAAUCGAAUAUUGGAAAAAAGGAGAUUUAUACCAAUCUCAGAAAGACUUCAUCAUCUGAUAUGAAAGCGCCUGUGAUGGAAAUACCCGAUUUGGAUUUAAAAGUAUUAUCGUUAGAUGAGAGUGAAGCCAAUAUAUCAUUCAAAAAACAUCCACAUGUAACAGAAGAAAUUGUCAAAACUUCUACUAUUAUCCCACCAUUAUCCCGACAAAUCGAUCAACAACCACAACAACAAGCACCACUAACGUCUCGCUCUGAUAGUGGUCUUGAACAAAUUGUCUCUUCUCAUAUUCAUCCAUCGUUAACAUUUGGUACUGAUCAGUCUUCAACAUAUGAUUUCAGUAAUUCAGUUUCAUCUGGUCUUGGUAGUGAAAUCAUCGAUGGUGUUGCGCACAAAGGUUACACAUUACCGUCCAUAAAAUCUACCUAUGAAAAUCCAGAAGUUCGUGUUAUCGAUGAUGGAAAAUUAAUAUCAUUAAAACAUGAAGGUGGUGUGCGUUAUGAUUUUAAUAAAAAGAUUAUGUUAGAUGAUGAUUUACGUACAAAAUUAUUAUUUCGUCAAGAAGAAUUAAAAACAUUAUUAGAAGCAGAAGUUAGUUCUACAAUGGAAGAUUUUGAUGGAAAAAAAGAUCAAAAACAUUUACAAAAAAUUAUACAACAUUCAAUUGAUUUAAUUAAAGAUAAAAAAGUUAGUAGUUAUCCCGAAUUAAAAACACAAUUAAUUAUGUCACAUAAGAAUGAAGCGUACAUUGUUGAUCCAGUUGUCAACGGUUUAUUUAUCGCAAUUGAAAAACAUAAUUUAGAUAAUAUUGAUCGUCCAGAAGUAGCCAUGGCUAUUCGAGAUAUGGUAAAACAUUCAUCGAAACAAUCAGUUGAUACUAUGACGUAUUUUAAUACGGGUACAACGAAUAAACCUGAAGCUAUUCAACAAUCUCCAGCUAAACAACCAGAUACAAUACCAAAAUUAAUUGUUGAUUCGACACAAGAUGCAAGAAAAAUCGGCGCAACAAUAUCAAAAGAUAAUCCAUCGACUGAUAUAGUAUCUAGUCAAAAUCAAACAUCGCCAACAAUGACAAAAGGAAAACAAAAGUCUCCCAUAGAGAGUGGCGAUAAACAUGUUUCUUCUAAAGCCGCUAAUGCUGGCUCAUCCUGUCUAAUGUGUGGUCGUCAACCAAAAUCAACAGAAAAUGUCGAUCAAAAAUCUUCAGCAGCCAUUGCGGCAUCAGGCAAUACUUCAAGUCAUUCUCUGUUAGAUGAACGUCGUCGUCAACAAUUAAAUUCAUCUAAAAAUGAGUUAGCUACAACGAUACGUGAUCGUAUCCAAUUAUCAUCUCCGCCCAUUAAAAAUAUGAACGAGCAAUCAAAAGAUGUCGAUAAAAUUAUUCGAAAAACGUUACAAAUAUUAUUAUCACCAAAAGUUUAUUCGUAUGAACAAGUAAGAAAUGAUUUGAAAACUGAACAUAAACAAACAUUUUAUCUCGUUGACCCCAUUGUUGAUAUUGUUCGUGAUACAUUAGAACGUUGCGAUAUACAAAACAUGCAAGAUAAAAUAAAUAUCGAUAUUCUCGAUUCAAAUAUACGACAAGCACAAGAAUUGUAUAAUCAAGCAUCCGGGCAACAAUUAUUAUCUCCUCAAGAAUUAGAAUAUUUAAAAGAAAAUCAAAAUAAUUUCAUUAAAUCGGUUAAAGAUACAGAAAAACAAGAGAAAAAAAUUAAUAAAAAACAAGAAAAUGAAUUACAAAAAAUACUUGACCGAACAUGUGAAAUAUUAUCUACGCAACAAGCGCAUACAUGGGAUGAAAUUCAUCAACAAUUAAAACGAGAAUAUCCCAAAACUCAUGAUCUAGAUGGUCGAGCGAUUGAAUCAAUUAAAGCAGCUCAUUUAGUUGGUCGACUAAAAUCUCAAAUACCACAAGAUGUGAUUGUUGUUAAUGUUGUUAAUGGUGCCGGUGAUAAAUAUCAACAGAUUCGUCAAUCAAAUUUAUUAACCGAAAAAGCUCGACAAACAUUGCAUAAAAAUAAACCAUCUAUUGUUAAUUCAAUUGUUCAACUUUUACUGGAACAUAAUAAAAAUUUAUAUAAACAAUCUCAAAUAGAAAAAUUAGUAAAUGAAACAUUUGAUUAUUUACAAAAUAAUAAAAAUAAUGAAUUUCGCACUUAUGAUGAUUUAAAAAACAAAUUGAAACGUGAUCAUUCAGAUAAUCAUAAUGUACUUAUUGAACAAAUUGUUGAUGUCAUUGAACAAGCACAUGUUACAAGUCAAUUCGAAGAUAUGGAUAAAAAUGAAGUACAAACAUUAAUGAAAGAUAGACUAUAUGGAAAACCACUUAUUUUGAAAGAAAUCCACAUUAAUUUACCACCACGACAAGGUGCUUAUAUGUCUCAACAACAAAAUUCAUCCUAUCUGAAUGAUGUUAGUGGUGAUUCUACUCAUCUAUCAUUGACAAAUGGCACAAAUAGUCAUGCCUCACGUCAUGUUGCACGAGGAUUAAGUUGGCGUGAAGCGAAUGAACGUGCUAGAAUAUUGUUUUAUCGUGGUAGACAUCCAGCCAUACAUUAUGAUGAAAAGACAGCUGGAUUCGAUGUACGAAUGUUAUUGGAAACUCAAACCGGUGUACAACAAGAGAUACCAGUUACCGAUGAAGAUGUUCAUCGUUUAUUGAAUACAUGUGGUGUACAAUGGGAUGGAGCCAAUGUUAUUUCGUUAAUCGAUCGUAGCGAAGCUUAUGUGAAGGAAGCUGAACGUGAUGCACUCAAAUUAAUUAAAGAAAGUGGCACAUUAGAUCAAUUAAAAAUUGCACAACAACAACAAAAAAUUAAUGAUGAACAGCAACAGAUUAUAAAUUCGUCCACCAACGUGUCAUGA